CCACCACAUUGUUAAAAAGUAAACCGAUCUUGUUUGUGCAUUACUAAUUACGAGUAUUUUCUUCUUCUUUUUUCAAUAGAAAUGAUUUAUGAUUUUUUAUUAAAAAAAAAAUAAAAAAUUACGAAACCCAUCCACUGGAUCAAAUUCUUUAGCUACGUUGUUGACUACAGACCGCACAUUUCUCUCCUCACUUUUCAGACAAACAAAAACACAUCAUCGGUCACUACUCCCUUACCUCGCCUGACGCCACGCCACCGUCGAUCAUCUCCAUCCCCGACGUUUUCCAAUUAAAAGGGUCAAGAAUUUCUUUUUUGGGAACCCAAUUGAUCAGUUUCCUUUGAUAUGAGCCUAUCCACUAAUUCCAUCUUGAACUGUCCAGCAGUAAUUAAGACACCCCAAUUGAAGAACAUCAACCAUCUUAAUACUGCAGUUGCUCGAAAUGGUUUCAUCCCCAGAAAGCUCCGCCGCCGCCGGCGUGGAAUAUCACUCCGGUGCCAGGUGGCAACUCAAUUGGACAAUCAAUUACUCCAGACCCGAAAAUUCGAGUUGCUUAGAAUCACUCAAGACACACAACGUGGCCUGGUGACUACUCCCGAACAGCGCUCUUCAAUCGAGGAAGCAAUAGUCAACGUCGAACAAUUUUGCGCCGGCGACCCAAUCAAAUUGGACGACUUGAACGGGACUUGGCGUCUGCAGUACACUUCCGCUCCGGACGUCCUCGUACUCUUCGAAUCUGCCACGCGGCUUCCGACGUUCUUUCAGGUGGGCCAGAUUUUCCAGAAAUUCGAAUGCGGCGGCAGCGGCGGAAGUGGUGGUGGUGGUGAAUCCAGCGGCGGCGUCGUACGGAAUGUUGUGAAGUGGAGUGUUCCGAAUCUUCUGGAGGAGCAGGACGGCGCGACCCUGGUCGUUUCAGCGAAAUUUUCAGUCGUUUCGUCCCGAAACAUUUAUCUUCAAUUUGAAGAGAUUUCAGUUCGGAAUAUAAAUAUAAGUGAACAAUUGCAAGCUAUCAUAGCUCCGGCGUUGCUGCCGAGGUCGUUUUUGAGCUUACAGAUCUUGCAGUUCAUCAAGGCGUUCAAAGCUGAGUUUCCGGUGACGAACCCAGGAAGAAGACGAUCUGUUGGUGGGCUGUAUUACCUUUCGUAUCUGGACAGGGAUAUGCUAUUGGGCCGGGCUGUUGGAGGCGGUGGAGUUUUUUUGUUCACUAGAGCUCAAGAUACUGUAUAUUGACUGAUUACAAUUUACUCGCUCAUAGGUUCGAUUCUUAUGGAGGCUACUUAAAUAUUUUGGCCAGUUAUUUCUUUCAUUGAUAUGUCUAUAAUUCAACAAGGGGGAUUAAUCACUGUUACCGACAAUAGACAUCCUGCAAAUAUAGAAAAAUAAAAAAAAAAUUUACUCGCCCCAUCAAAUUUUUUUUUUUUUUAACCUCUCUUUUUUUGUAUACUUUUGUGUGGCAAUAUUUGUAAUACUCAUAGAAUCAUAGUCACAAUUGUUUGCAAUUUUUUUUUUGGUAUACUUUCACAUGUUUAUGUUGUAAUAUAUUACAUAUAAGUUCAUUAAUUAGUUUUGUGGUUUAGUUAAACUUUAAACAGUUUAGCAGAAUGUGUGAAAUUAUGUACUCCUUUCGUCUAAGAAAAAGGUC